CCGAGAACAGGGACUGACCGAAGGAGAGCCGCGGCUUUUCGGUGCUUUUGUUUAAUCGGUUGCGUUGACGUGCCGCGGAGGAGGCGCAAACGGUAUUUUUCCACACAAGUGUCCGACGUUACCGGAUGAACCCUCCCGUGCUUUUGGUGUCCUGGUAAAGAAAAUUGAAAAUGUCUAUGCAAAAUAGUUAUACGAGUAAAAGAGAAGAGAAGGGCAAGAAUAUACAGGUGGUUGUACGAUGCAGGCCUUUCAAUGUAUCAGAGCGCAAGGCAAACUCUCACAAUGUGAUUGACUGUGAGAGUGUAAAAAAAGAAGUGGCUGUGCGGACUUCAGGUCCAGGGAGUGAGAAAGGAGCCAAAAAAUACACAUUUGACAUGGUGUUCGGACCGUCUGCAAAGCAAAUUGAUGUAUACAGAAGUGUUGUGUAUCCCAUCCUGGAUGAAGUAAUAAUGGGAUAUAACUGCACCAUUUUUGCAUAUGGACAAACUGGUUCAGGAAAAACCUUCACCAUGGAAGGUGAAAGAUCACAAAAUGAGCAAUAUACCUGGGAAGAGGAUCCUUUGGCAGGUGUUAUCCCACGUACACUGCAUCAGAUCUUUGAGAAACUUGCAGCACAAGGUACAGAAUUCUCUGUGAAAGUAUCUUUACUGGAAAUCUAUAAUGAAGAGCUCUUUGACCUUCUGAGCCCUUCCCCUGAUGUCAGUGAGAGGCUGCAGAUGUUUGAUGACCCCCGUAAUAAGAGGGGUGUGAUAAUCAAAGGCCUGGAAGAAAUUUCUGUCCAUAACAAAGAUGAAGUUUACCAGAUCCUGGAGAGAGGAGCGGCAAAGAGGAGAACAGCUGCGACUCUCAUGAAUGCAUACUCUAGUCGUUCCCAUUCAGUGUUUUCCAUUACAAUCCAUAUGAAGGAGACAACACUUGAUGGCGAGGAGCUAGUGAAGAUUGGCAAACUGAAUUUGGUGGAUCUGGCUGGAAGUGAAAAUAUUGGACGAUCUGGUGCUGUCGAUAAAAGAGCACGUGAAGCUGGUAAUAUCAACCAGUCACUGCUGACCCUGGGCAGAGUGAUCACUGCAUUGGUGGAGCGAACCCCUCAUGUGCCUUACAGAGAAUCGAAGCUGACCAGAAUUCUACAGGACUCCCUGGGCGGACGCACAAAAACCUCCAUCAUCGCCACGAUUUCGCCUGCUUCUAUAAACGUUGAGGAAACUCUCAGCACUCUGGAUUACGCUUGCCGGGCAAAGAACAUCAUGAACAAACCUGAAGUCAACCAGAAGCUCACCAAGAAGGCUCUGAUUAAGGAGUACACUGAAGAAAUUGAAAGGCUCAAGAGGGAUCUUGCUUCAGCAAGGGAGAAAAAUGGAGUGUACAUUUCUGCCGAAAGCUAUGAGGCUAUGCAAAGUAAACUGACUGUACAGGAAGAGUUUAUUUCUGACUACAUGGAAAAGAUUUCAGUUGUGGAGGAGGAGCUGAAACGGGUGAAUGAGUUAUUUGUGGACAAUAAAAAAGAGUUUGAAGAAUGUGUGACCCAGCUGCAAAACAAAGAGCAGGUGCUUCAGGAGACUGAGAAGGACUUGGAGAUUACCAAAAAUAAACUAGCUGAGGAACAAUUUGUACUCCUUGCUCAUGUUCAAACUGAGGAGAACCUCUAUGAUACUGCCAAUGAGUUGCUGCAAAGUGUUCAAGACAGCACAAAAGAUGUAUCUGGGCUCCAUGCCAAGCUUGACCGCAAGAAGACUGUUGAAUUUCACAACUGCAAAGUGCAGGAGAGCUUUGAGAAGAAGAUGGAUGACCUGUUCAAUGAAAUGCAGCAGAAAAUGGAUGAACACCAUGUAAAACAGCAGGGAAUGCUAGACAUCUACACCGAAUCUGUUGGUGAUCUCUUGAGUUCAAACGCUACUGCAUUUGGUGCCAUGACUUCCACGGUGGUCACUUCUUUUGCCUCCAUCAAGGAAACCGUUUCUUCAGAGGUGUCACGAAGUCUCCACGAAAUGCUCAAACAGGAUUCUCUAACUGCGCAGUCAGUCAAUGGAGUACAGAGGAUCAUGGAGGAACACAAAGUGGAAAUGGAAAAAGCUCUUAAGAAGAACUUGCUUCCUCUCGUCGCCUCUGUCUUUGAAUUGAACAAGUCUCUAAAACUCACGUUGCAGAGCCACUGUGGCUUAGUCACAAAGAUGAUAACUAUGAAAGAUGACAUGAACGAAUUCUUUGGAGAGCAAAGUGAGAUGCUGAGCAAACUACGGGAAACCACAUGUGAUGCUUUGGGUGUCAUUCAGGAGCAAAAUCAAAAGAUGAAUCAAGAGCUUCAGAAAGCUCAGCAGGACCAAAUCCAGGGUGUUUCCAGUAUAAUUUCCAGUCUACAGAGCCAGCUUGCUUUGUUAACUCAGCAAACGCAGAAGAACUUUAGUUGUGUUCAAACACGAAAUGAAAAUAUAUACAACUCGAUAGCUACGCUCCAGGAUAAUGUGCAGCUGCAAUCUGCAAAAGCUAUAGAAAGUACAGCUUCUCACCAGGGCAAAUUUAUCAACUCUGCAGAGAGCUAUGCAAAUGAAAUUGAGCAAAUAUUCAGUGAUGGGUUAAAGACUGUAGACCAGUCAAACGUUCAGUGUGAGAAGCUCAGUUCCAGUAUGCAGGUACUUUGCCAGAAGAGUCUCCAUUGGUGUGAUUCUACAAGUGACGUCAUUGAGUCCUUCAGGCAAGAACAGAUGUCGUUUCUUGUAAAUGGCAAGAGAAGGCUUCAGGACUUUGAGCAGGAUCUUAAUAAGAGUUGUGACUCACUGGUCAUCGGGGUUGAAAGAGAACUAAAAACACAUCAUGAAGCCGAGGAAAGUGCACUGUCCAGUUUAUUUGAACAGGUCAACAGUGAUCAAGGGGAGAUGAACCUACGGGUAAAGAAAUUAAGUGAACAAGCUCAAGCAGGGCUCAAACACGUCAAUUGCUUCCUAACUGAAGAACUGAAAGAAGACGUUCCCACAGGAACUACUCCAAAGCGAAGAGACUAUAGCUACUCCCAAGUGCUCCAAAAAACAGAACCACGUGACUACUUGAUUGAUCAAUUCAGAAAGCAGCAGAAGGAGGAACCCCAUAUAACUUUCAAUACUGAUGUAUUUGUCCAAGAAGAAUCAGUUAGUGAACAGAUUCAAGCUUAUCAGGACUUGCUAGAGGAUGAUCAAGUGAGCAUCGACGGGGACAGUGUUACUAGUAAUAUCAGUGAGAAAGAGGCAAACAAUAUGUAUUGUGGUGAUGGCAGUGUCCCAUUCUUUCAGCACAAGAAAGGCAACAGAAAGGACAAAGAAAACAAGACGAACCUCAACAUUGACAAAGUAAAGUCAUUGGUGGACAGCCUGGUUCUCUCAUCAUCAAAAUCAAAAUUACCUCUUAGAAUUCAGAACUAACAUUGUAAUUGUGACUGUUUUUUCUAGAUCAGUUUAAGCUCUAGGGUAUCCCUGUCUAUGUACUUUAUUUUUCACUGUCUCAAUAUUUCAUUCUGUCCUAAAAAUGUAAGCACUGGUUUCUUUUCUUCUUUCUGGGGGGGGGGGGGGGGGCUAACAAAGGCUUGCAUAGUCCCACAGGUGCCCUGUGAUACCUUGUUCACUGACUAAACAGUGACUUGUCAGCAGACUGUUUGAUUGGGGUGGGGCUUCACAACAGAGCCUAAUUCAGACUUCAACACUCCACGCGGACAUGUAGUUUCUGACUGGAAUCAUUAUAUUCAUCAAAGAUUAUUCCUGGUGUUUGUUUUUGUCUUCAAAAUGAGGUCAUUGUUGCAAACCCUAUAGCUGCCAUAGCUGAAAUCUGCUGACCACGCAAGGUUAAAAUUGACAUUUUACUGUAGGAAGUGUCUUUACCAACUGAGUCAACAGUGGAGAUUUAAAUACUGCCUUCUGAAUAAUUUCAAGCGUUUUAUUUUCAAAUAUUGUUCUAUCUUUUGUGUACUUCAUUCUUUCAAGACUUCCCAACCCAGAUUGUAUAAAAUGUUACUAGAUAACUUAAUCUUUGUAAGCUGUUGUCUUAAGUAUAUUAAAGUUUAAGCUUUCAUUGUUUUAACAUGCUUAAUGGCAAAUGUAUAUACUUUUUCACACCAUUGAGGCUAUUUUUUAAAAAGAGUUCCAGUACAGGUUCUUAAAACUCAUGUAAGGGCAUAAAUUGCUGCUCAAAUGAUGGAAUUUCUGCUCCUCUGAAAUUACAUUAACUAUCUUUUUUGUGUUAAAUGUGCAACAAAUAAAAUAUCUGGUCUGAA